CAAUGGUGUACAAAGUAAUUCAUUAGACUCCCCAAACAGACAAAUAUUCAGCCUGCAACAGCAUGGCUAGCGCAGAGAUAAUAACGAAACGACUCCAUAUCGGAGGUCUUAAGCCGGAAAUUACCACCAUCCACUUGAAAGACCGCUUUUCCAUCUUCGGAACUGUGAAAGAUGUCGAAGAGUUGCAGCCCGACGCUCUCGGAAACCCUAGACCAUUCACUUUUUUGACCCUUGAAACCACACCUGCCCAGCUCAGACGCUGUCUCAACAUCAUGUCCGGGUCCCAUUGGCGUGGCGCUCUUCUCCGUAUUGCCGAAGCUAAACCCCGUUUCGAUGUUGCUAUCAACGCUGCCAACAACUCGGAUCCCGGAUUAAAAGCUAAGCAGAUUGAGAGGAAGCGAAAGAGAGUUAUGUUAUCAAGGGGCGAAGAUGUCGGUAAAGAGGCCCAGGAUAUGAUCAUCGUUGAUGUCAAACGAGCAGAGAAGAAAAAGUUCUGGGUGGCUCUCAACAUCGAAAAUGGUGAUACCAAGGCAACGCGACUGGUGAGACCCGUUUGUAUGCGUGCGGAAAGGCCUAUCGGCGUUGUUGAGAGAAAGGAAAACUCAAGAAGAAGAGCUCGUUUGCCUCCUGCAAGAUCUUUCCGGAAAGUUAUCAACCCGAUUCAGUGGGGCUCUCAGAUGGUUUUGUUUUCUACAGAAGAGCAGGUUGCUAGACCAAAUCAACAAGAGGGUGAAUGGGAAUAUGAAGAGUUUGAAGAGGACGACGAGAAAGAGACGGCGGAAGAUGGCAAGGUGCCCAUUGGUGUAUGGAAGAAAACUGUUAACGGCGAAGUCGUUCAGGAAGAAGUCGUACGUGGUAAAAGGAGGCGUGUUGAAGCGGACGGCUAUGACAUCGAAGUCGAUCUCGAUUUGGGCAGUGAUGAUCUUCCUGUCGCAGGUAGCGCUGCUAGCUCGCCACUGUUUGGCACCAGACACUUGGCGGCCGAUAGAGAAGGUUCCCCUCUCUUCCCUGUGCACAAAAACCAUUUAGGUUCUCCCGUACCUACCUCUUCACAAGAAAGUGACGAUGAACCUCAGCAACCUUCAUCGCCUCUCUUCUCCACACGCCCCGCUGAAGGCCUCGAACAAGAAGAAUUAUCAGUCUCAUCUUCGUCUUUCACAUCCGCUUCCGGGUCACCUCUUCAGGCUCCUUCCCCGCUGUUCCCCACGCGUACAGUACCCGAAGAGGAUCAGUUUUUAACUUCACCAUCCCCUACCCCUUCUUCUGCUUCUCCCCCUAUCCCAGACGCAAUCCCCGUACCUGCACCCAAAUGUCUUCCCGCCCCUCCCAUCCCUGCUGUACCUGCUCCUCUCAUUCAACAGGUUCGUACAGAAAAAUCCGCCGCUCUUAACGUCCUUGGAUCCCUCCUUGGCGGACUUGAAGGGCCUGCGUCCACACGGAUGGAGAAGCUCACUAUAAACGAAUGGAAGGGUUUUUUGGAAGAUGAUAGUGAUGAUGAUAGUGAUGGGGAGGACGUUGAGAUUGGACGAGGCAAGAAGAAGGAGAGGGAAAAGGCGCCUGCCGAGGCGGAAGUGAUCGGGGAGGAGAAUUUCAAAGUGCAUGAGCCUAUGAUCGAAGUGUUUAUGGUAGAGGGAAGCGGGAAACCUCAGGACGAUGCGGAGAACCCCUCAUCAAACGAGGAAAGAAGCAGCAGUAGCGACGAGUCCAGCUCAAAUGAUGAUAAGAUGGACGUGGACCCACCUACGGGGAAUGGGGAUGAGAAACAGAGCUCGCAGGAGGCAAGCUCUAGCUCUGAGUCAGGAUCUAGCAGCAGUUCAGGCGAUGACGAUGAGCAGGACGAUGAUAACGGUGAUUCGAAUGGCGAUUCAGAUGAUUCAGAUGACUCUGAUGACUCUGAUGACUCUGAUGACUCUGAUGACUCUGACUCCGGCAAUUCUGAUUCUGAUUCUGAUUCUGACUCCAAUGACUCUGAUUCUGAUUCUGAUUCGGAUUCGGAUUCUGAUCCAAGUUCAGACUCUGAAUCGGACGAUUCCGACAAGUCUCCAUCUGCCCUUUAUGCAAAACCCCAAUCCUCAAAACCUACCACUCUCAAAGACCUAUUUGCACCUACUGCCCCCUCCACCUCCCUUUUCUCCGGCCCUUCCACUUCCGCCGCUCAAUCUGCCACCGGCUUCUCUCUCCUUGCAAACCUCGCCGAAGAUCUCGAGCUCGAUGACGAACUCGACAUUCCUCUCCCUGUCCCCGGUGCCAUCGCUGCACAAAAGGAGGAGGACGAGCUUCAACCUUUGUCAAUGAUGGAAGGUGGAAGAGGAAAAGUCAAGUUGGACCUGGAGAACGCUGCCGAGACCCCCAUGUUUUUCGCCAUCCCUAUGGACAAAGAAACGGCGGAAAGAACCAAGGGCAAGAAAGGAGAAUCCCGGAACCCGUUCAACGAGUUGUAUUUCGGCGUGCCUAAACCUCUUACGAAGGAAAUGGAGGAAUAUGACUAUGAUCAAGAGGGCUAUGGUCCCAAUGGUUACGGUCAGGAGCAGGGUCGGGAAGAGCAAGAAUUUCCCCUUAUGGGCUUCCACAGACAGCCCCGAGAGGGCGAGGCGGCCAUGAAAGGGCUAUGGGAGAAGGAACGAGGCGAGUUGACCCAAGCGUGGAAAAGGAGACAUAGGGAGGCCAAGAAGCAGAGGAGAAGGAAGGGUGGUGAGGAUAUUGAUUAGUGGAUCCUGUAGAGUGCUCCUGGGUAGAUGACGGAGGGUAAUAAUCAUGCAUUUUCAU